UACUAAUACUGCAUCUCAUACUUCCACUCCAGCACGCGCGGCCUAUAAAUAGUCGUCAGCCAAACCUCCUGAAUUCAUUGUGUAGUACUAACUGGUACUAGGAGCUCGGAGUGACAAGAUUAGGACGUGCAAAAUACACAGCGCGCUACUUGAGCAAUAGCUUGAUUGAGCUUAGCAAUGGGUGCCAAUACAGUUGCCUCUUGCUCCCUACCCAUCGUGGCUUUCAUGGCUGCGUCGUUCUUGGCUACGGUGGCCGUGGUGGCGGCGUCGGUGCCGGCGGUGUACGUGUUCGGCGACUCGCUCGCCGACGUCGGGAACAACAACCACCUGCUGACGCUGCUCAAGGCGGACUUCUCCCACAACGGCAUGGACUACCCUGGAGGGAAGGCCACCGGCCGCUUCAGCAACGGCAAGAACUCUGCCGACUUCCUCGCCGAGAAGCUCGGGCUGGCGAGCUCACCACCGUACCUCGCCUUAUCCUCAAGCAGCAAUGCCAACUAUGCGAACGGUGUCAACUUCGCUUCUGGUGGUUCAGGAGUCUCCAACGCCACAAACAAGGAUCAGUGCAUCACCUUCGAUAAGCAGAUCGAGUACUACUCCGGCGUGUACGCGUCUCUGGCGCGGAGCCUCGGGCAGGAGCAGGCGGCGAGCCACCUGGCCAGGUCCAUCUUCGCCAUCACCAUCGGCAGCAACGACAUCAUCCACUACGCCAAGUCCAACGCCGCCGCCAAGCUCAGGAACCCCUCCCAGCAGUUCGUCGACUCGCUGAUCCAGUCCCUCACGGGCCAGCUGCAGAGCCUGUACAACCUCGGGGCACGCAAGGUGGUGUUCCUCGGCGUGGGGCCGGUGGGCUGCACCCCGUCGCUGCGGGAGCUGAGCUCCACCAAGGACUGCGUCGCCGAGGCGAACGCCAUAGCCGUGCAGUACAACAAGGCGGCCGAGGCCGUCCUGAGCGGCAUGAGCUCGAAGCACCAGGACCUGCACUACGCGCUCUUCGAUUCCUCCGCCGCGCUCCUCCGGUACAUCGACCAGCCGGCGGCGUACGGGUUUGCUGAGGUCAAGGCGGCUUGCUGCGGCUUGGGAGACUUGAACGCCAAGAUCGCAUGCACCCCGAUCAGCCACUACUGCUCCAACCGCUCGGACCACGUCUUCUGGGACUUCUACCACCCCACGGAGGCCACCGCGCAGAAGCUCAGUAGCACCGCCUUUGAUGGUUCGCCUCCCUUCAUCUUCCCCAUCAACAUAAGGCAGCUUAGCGAAAUAUAGCCACGUGAACCGCAAAAUGUGUUUCACAUUUUUUCCGAUAAUGGGUGUUUUAUUAUUUGAUCAAGCAAUUACAUUCGGUCUCUGCGUAA